AUGGAACUCAACCGAGAACAUUUUCGCGCCAUAAUUUAUUUCAACUUUCAGAGACAAUUAUUGCAACAAGAAUGCCUUGCUGAGUUACUGUCUGUUUUCGGCAACGAAGCGCCACAUCAGUCGACAAUUUCCCGUUGGUAUGGAGAAUUCAAACGUGGACGGGUGAGUCUCAGCGACGAACCCAGGGUGGGUGCGCCAAAAACGGCAGUCACCCAGGAAAACGUCGAUGCUAAACUCAUCAUUGAAGAUAGACAUGUGACAUAUCGCGAGAUUGAGGCGUCCUUGAAGAUCCCAAAGACAUCAAUUCAAGAAAAUUUACAUGAAGAAUUAGGAGUAAGAAAAUUAGUUUGUCGUUGGAUACCACACCUGUUGACUGAAGAGCAGAAAGCAGCCAGGGUUAAUUGGUGUCAAAAAACGCUUGACCGUUUCAAUUCCGGAAACUCAAAAAAUGUGUACAGCAUUGUUAGUGGUGAUGAAUCGUGGAUUUACUGUUAUAAACCAGAAAAUAAACGACAGACGGCUGUUUGGGUGUUCCAAGGUGAAGAAAAUCCAACAAAAGUCAUCCGGUCUCGAAGUGUUCCGAAAAAGAUGGUCGCGAUAUUUGUAAUCAUCCUCCACCAAGACAAUGCAAGCUCACACACAGCCCAAAAAAGAAGGCAGUAUUUAACGGAAGAAAACCUGGAAUUAUUGGACCAUCCUCCAUAUAGUCCCGAUCUUAGUCCUAACUAUUUCUUUACUUUCCCGAAAAUUAAAAACAGACGGCGUGAUCAAAGGUUCCAGUCACCAGAAGAAGCAGUUGACGCAUUCAAAAAUGCCGUUUUGGAUCUGCCAGCAAACGAGUGGAAUAAGUGCUUCGAAAAUUGGUUCGAGCGCAUGCAGAUGUGUAUUAAUCUUCGUGGAGAAUACUUCGAAAAACAAUAA